AGAUCCUUCUGUUUCCGUUUUGUUUAAUCGCACCUGAAGAUCUCUCUGGUAUCGAAAAAUGGGUGAGAACGCCAUCUCAGGUAAUCUCAAGAAUCUAACGAUCGACACAAGAGAUUCAGAAACUCUUGUGGUAUGUUUCGGUGAAAUGUUGAUUGAUUUUGUGCCAACGGUGGGAGGUGUUUCACUAGCUGAAGCACCAGCUUUCAAGAAAGCUCCUGGAGGAGCUCCUGCAAAUGUAGCUGUUGGUGUCUCUAGACUUGGUGGUUCGUCUGCUUUUAUUGGAAAGGUUGGUGAUGAUGAGUUUGGAAGAAUGUUAGCUGAUAUUCUAAGGCUUAACAAUGUCGAUAACUCCGGGAUGAGAUUCGACCACAAUGCACGGACUGCUCUUGCGUUUGUUACACUAAGAGGUGAUGGAGAGAGGGAGUUUUUGUUCUUCAGGCAUCCGAGUGCUGAUAUGCUUCUUUUGGAAUCUGAGCUUGACAAGAACCUCAUACAAAAGGCCAAGAUCUUUCAUUACGGAUCUAUCAGUUUGAUUGAGGAACCUUGCCGUUCUACUCAGCUUGCAGCUAUGAAAAUCGCUAAAUCCGCAGGGAGUCUUUUAUCUUAUGACCCGAAUUUGAGAUUGCCAUUGUGGCCAUCGGAAGAAGCUGCAAGGAAAGAGAUCAUGAGUAUCUGGAAUUUAGCUGAUGUUAUAAAGAUUAGCGAGGACGAGAUUACAUUCCUGACUGGUGGUGAUGAUCCUUAUGAUGAUGAUGUGGUGUUGCAAAAGCUCUUUCAUCCCAAUCUUAAGCUUCUUGUUGUUUCAGAAGGACCUAAUGGUUGUAGAUACUACACUAAGGAGUUCAAAGGCAGAGUUGCUGGAGUAAAAGUGAAGCCAGUGGAUACAACCGGUGCAGGAGAUGCAUUCGUGAGUGGGUUAUUGAACAGCUUAGCUUCUGAUAUCACUAUUCUCAAGGAUGAGAAGAAACUAAGAGAGGCGCUUCUAUUCGCAAACGCUUGUGGAGCCAUUACAGUAACAGAGAGAGGAGCGAUUCCAGCGAUGCCCAGCAUGGAUGCUGUUCAAGAUCUUCUGACUUCUUCUCGCUCCUAAAAUGCUUCAAAAAGUCUUCUUUGAGUGUAUCAAUUCAUUACCUUUUACUGUAUUUUUGGUUUUUAAAUCUUUUUUCCCCAAUUUGUAGGAACUCAAGAAUGUUGUGUGUGUUUUUAGUUUGUUGAUCUAUCCCGGAGUUUUAGUAUUGGGGUGGUUUGGUUUUUAUAUCAAGUUAGGUUCUAGAACGAACAAAUUCAUGCUUUGUACAACUACUUGCCGUUUUAAUAAAACAAGAACGACACA